AAUUUUUUAUAUAUUAUAUAUUUUUUUUAUUUCUCAUUGGUACAGAAUUAUUUGUCAUCGUCGCCGAUGCAGAACAUCUCUUUAUGUAACGCAAGCAAAUAUGUAAUUGUUUAAAUAACGGCAGAGAUACAAGUUCUUAUGGGAUUUAUCAUGUGUGAUUAGAAACGACACGCUACAAGGAAGGCGUUAAAACAUGUUUAAGAGAUGUUGCACGGUGGGUACUCUCCGUUCAAUCCGGUCCCCGGCCUCCAUUCGAUUGUAUAAAAGCCAGUGGUCGAUGAUUGUCGCUGUAGUUGUUAACUCUUGACCGCAGUCUCGUCAGCCGGAGAAGUGAUUUCGCUUUCGCGCGUUUCUACAUUUUCGGACAUCGAGAAUUAUUAAUAAUAAUUUCAUAUCAUGAAAGGAUAUUUCCUGAUCCUGCUGACAUCGCUAAUAGCCUUGGCACUCGCUGCCGAAAGGUAUCCCGUAAAGUACGACGAUGUGGAUGUGGAGAGAAUUCUUCAAAAUAAUCGUGUCCUGACAAAUUACAUCCGGUGUAUGUUGGAUGAAGGACCUUGCACGGCCGAGGGCCGUGAAUUAAGAAAAACUCUGCCGGACGCUUUGUCGACCGGUUGCACCAAAUGCAACGACAAACAGAAGACUGUGGCGGAGAAGGUGAUAGGUCAUUUGAAAGCAAAACGGUCCAAGGAUUGGGAGCGUCUCAUUGCCAAGUACGACCCGCAUGGCGAAUACAAAAAGCGCUACGAGCGAUCGUAACUUCUUACUGUAAAAUAUCUCAACGUUAAUUGUUAUUAAAAACUCUCAUGUCAAAAUUAAGCAACGAUAAUCGCAAGAGAUAGAAUUCACUGCGACAUGCACAUCGAUACGACACGCACAUUCUCUCUCUCGUUACUGAAAAUAUUGAUGUAAUACGAUGAUGUAUUCGAAUGGAAUCCGGUUAAAUGUACAAACACAGGAUUUAGUGAAGGUUUCACUUUACUUACUGACUCAGCACUCUUCGCGAACACGCGUGAGGAAUGUGACUCCUUACCUGUUCCCUAGAGAUUAUUCUUGCGAUUGGAAGAGGCGUAAUUGAUAUUUCUUGUCGUCAUUAAAAUCGUUUUAUAUCAUUAAAAGUGUAUUCAGUGUUUUGACAAUAAAUAUACACAUAUCAUUAUCGUGAAAC